AUGACUAUAAUUAUUAUACCAAUUGCUCAAUUAUCAUUUGGAUUUUAUUAUCUAGAAUCAACGACAUUAUGUCCAUUUCAAAAAGAUCUUAUGUUAUUAAUGUCUAUGGGUGGUGUAUUUCAAGCAAUUUUCUUUGCUGCUGCUAUUGCUUUCGUUUAUACAAUAACUCCAGCACAAUAUAAAACAGAUAAGAAAUUAACAGCAGCACAAGUGAGUGCAAAAGGAAGUAAUGGAGCAAUGCAACUUCUUAUUGGUUCGAUUAUGUGUAUAUUUGCUGCGUGUGCAAUUGUAUUCGUUGUGCUUAUAAAUAGUCGUAUAUAUGGAAAUUAUAAAUUAGUACAAUAUACAGAUACUAAACUACCAACUUAUUGUUUAUCGACAAUUUUUUCGGGUGCUUUUGGAUUUAUGAUUGCUAGUUAUGUUGCUUUCGUAUUAUUUUUUCUUCUUGCAGCUAUUUUAUUAUUGGGUAUUGGAAUAGAAAAAUGA